GGUGCAGGGCGCGGUUGCUUGGGAGACAGUUAGACGGAGGUGGCAGCGUCAAGGAAGGGAAGCCGAAGCAGCGGGGCUGGAGCGACAGCCGCGGCAAUGGCUCACGAAGGCUCGAGGCAGGAGAGACAGAUCCGGGACCGUGGGGUGACCCGAUCCAAGGCAGAAAAGACGCGGCCCCCUACGGUGCAGGCGCCACAGGUGGACAUCGUGCCUGGGCGGCUCACGGAGGCUGAAUGGAUGGCACUCAUGGCUCUAGAGGAGGGAGAGGAUAUUGUGGGGGACAUCUUGGCUGAUCUGCUGGCGCGAGUCAUGGACUCUGCCUUCAAAGUCUACUUGACCCAGCAGUGCAUUCCAUUCACCAUUAGCCAGGCCCGGGAGGCCAUGCUGCAGAUCACCGAGUGGCGCUUCCUGGCCAGGGAUGAGGGAGAAUCAGCAGUGGCUGAGGACCCCACGUGGGGCGAGGAUGAGGAACCGUUGGCAUGCACGACAGAUGCCUGGGCUCAGGGAUCAGUGCCUGUGCUGCGUGCCCCCGCCUCCAUGGGCCCAGAGGAGACCUUCCAAGAUGAGGACCAAGGGAGCGAGGAUCAGAUGUCUCUAGGAAUACGGUGGAUGGGGAGAGGCUCUCAGGAGCAGAUGGAAUCUUGGGAACAUUCUCCAGAGCUGCCAGUCACUCAGGGCCCGCCACCUACCCCAGAGCUGUUUCAGGACAUGGGGUCCCAGGGUCCUUUAGAGGACUUGGACGUCCAGGCCAGAGACCACCAGGCCACAGUGGGGCCCUUGAAUUCGAGCCGCCAACCGUCAGUGGAGAUGGCUCCCAAUGGCUGUCCCCGGCCUUCUAUGGAGCUGUCCCAGGUAGCCAGCACCCAGGCCUUGACCCAGGAAGCACAGCCCGGGGGCUCCCAGCUCUCGCUGGAGGACCUCUAUUGUUGCACGUCCCAGCCGCACGUAUCUGGGGACUGGCUGAAGCUCAAGGAGGAGGACGUUCCUCUCAUCGAGGAGGAUGUGCCCCUCAUCGACUCCCGCAUGUUGGGGAUCGGCCUCUCUGCGGGCGGCCCCACCACGAUCGUCCCCUCGGCCUCAUUAGAGCCACAGCAGCCUAGGUUGGAGGACCCGCUGCGGAGCCGGCCUCGCUAUAGGAUGGGUCGCAAGACUGGGGCACGUCUGGACCCCAGGCGCCUGCCACGCCACUGGGUGCGCCCUCUGGCCGAGGUUCUGGUUCCGGACGCCGAGGCACACCCCCUGGAAGCCUACCGUGGGCGCCAGAGGGUCAGGAAGACCAAGACUCCUGAGGCUCCCGCCAGAUCCCUAGCGCCCAGGCCUGGUGCCCAUGUCUCCCCGACAGUUUUCUUCUCUCUCCCGCCUAGCGUUCAUUUCCCUGCCUUGGGCCUGGGCCCCGGCCUCCAAUCCCCAACUUUAAGCCUAGGCCUACCGUCACCAGGCUUUGGGUCAAAGUUGCCCUUUCCCAAACCUGGGCUUGGCUUUCUUGCCACUCAUCUGGCUUUCCCUGAUCUGGCCCGGAGCCCCAGCCCCAAACUGUGGCCUGGUGCCAAGUGGCCCAGUGGCUGGGAGGGGGAGGCUGAGUUGCUGGGUGAGAUAUGGGCUGGCCGCAGCCGCGUAAAUCCACAGGGCCUGGAUCCCAGCGACCGGGAGGGUCAGGAUCCUCGCAGGGGGCCAUAUACGGCACCCCGAGUCCUUGAGGCCACGUCCCAGGUGAUGUGGAAGCCCAUGUUGCUGCCUGACGCAAUGAAGCUGGCUCCUGGUGUGAGCAUGUGGAACCCAACCACCCAGGUGCUGCUCAGGGCUGCAGUACCCCAGCAGGAGGACAGGGAAAGUGGCACCUCUCUUCCCAUUGAGCAGCAGCCCAUCCAGACAGGCGCCCCAAAUCCUCAGGUGUCCGUGAGACAAAUAAUGAAGAACCCAAAGCCCAAAGUGUGGUCACUCCUCCCCGAGCACCUACCCUAUUCUGGGCCCUGAAACUCAGGUGGUGCAUUCCUUCUUUCUGCUUGCCCAAUAAACACCUGAGUUGCCUAAAGAGUU